AUCUACAAACGCACACAACAAUAUACAAAGUGCAAACUAAUAAUACUGUGCACAUAUAUACAAUAUACUCCAAUCAUAGUUGUUCGUUUCACCUUGAUUUUUUAGGCAAUGUUUCAGAUUAAAAACUUAAUCAACUACGUCAAAUGGUAAAAAGUUUAAAAAUUUGAAUAAUCUAUGUUUAUUAAUUUCAUAAAACCAUAUGUACUUGUUCCAAGGUUACUGAGCGAUUUGAUUCUCUGCCUUGAGAAAUGUGAAGAAGAAAACAAAAAUGUUAAUAUUCCUAAACCGAGAUUCAUCAUCCCUGCUAAACAGAUAAAUAAAUCGUGUCAGUUUGAUCACCGAUUUAAAGUUAUCAAACAAUCUCCCCAUGAAGUUAACUUGAUAGCAAAAGCAAAAUGUGGAAGUUUUAACUGGAAUGCUGAUUUCCGUUUUCCACUUCCCAUCACACAAGAUCAGCAGCAGCCCGUUCAACCAAAUAUCCAGAUCGGCAACGUUACUGGAUCCACCAUUCUUGCUGGGUCUACCGUUACAAAUUCUGCGGUGGCAUGUUCUGAUACCAAUAUACAACGAAAUAAAAGUUCUAACCAAACCACCAACGUCACUGGUUCCACCAUUGUUUCUGGAGUAAACCAAACAAACUUUGCGUUGUUAAGUUCCGAUGUCAAUCAACAACAAAACUCUUCGCAGAAGAAUGUAAAAAAUUGACUUAGAAGUUUAUUUCUUGUUGCUUAUCAAUGAUAGUACUAAACCCUCAAUGCCGCAUGUGCAUGGUGUGAGACACCUUAUUAGUUGGAUUGG